CAACCAACCUAAACCGAUAACAUUAUUUCUUUCUUCUCCAUUUUUCUUUCUCCGUUGUUCCCCCUUCCUCUCCCCCACAAAAUCUUCUUCAGAAUUUUGGCUAUAAAUUAAACAAAAUAAUGACUUGUCAUGGUGAUGAUAAUAAACUGAGUCUUGAUUCGAUAAGGGACAGUUUAAAUAGACAAGAAGAUACCAUCAUUUUCAACCUUAUUGAAAGAAUCAAAUUCCCAACAAAUCCAACCUUGUAUAAACAACCUUCUUCUUUCAAUAUUUCUGGUUUUUCAGGGCCAUUGUUCCAAUACUUGUUUCAAGAAACAGAAGCCCUUCAAUCUAAGGUUGGUAGAUACAUAUCCCCUGAAGAAAAUCCGUUCUUUCCAAAUAAUCUGCCAGACUCAAUCAUACCACCAACCAAAUGCACACCGGUUCUGCAUUCUGCAGCAGAGUCGGUGAAUGUGAAUGAGAAGAUAUUGGAUGUUUAUAUAAAUCAGAUGCUUCCACUAUUCUGUACCGAGGCUGAUGAUAUUGGAAACCUUGCAACUACUGCUGCUUGUGAUAUCCAGUUAUUGCAGGCGCUCUCUAGAAGGAUUCACUAUGGAAAAUUUGUUGCUGAAGUUAAAUUCAGGGAUUGCACUGAUGAGUAUAAGCAAUUUAUUCUUGCUCAGGAUAGGGAUGCUCUAAUGAAGCUAUUGACAUUUGAAGCUGUUGAAGAGAUGGUAAAGAAGAGAGUGGCAAAGAAAGCCGGGGUGUUUGGACAAGAAGUGACCUUAAAUGAUAGUGCUAAAGAAGUGAAGGGCAAGGUUGAUCCAUCACUAGUUUCACGCUUAUAUGAUGAAUGGAUAAUGCCUUUGACCAAACUAGUCGAAGUUGAGUACCUUCUACGCCGUCUUGAUUAGAUUGUUAUUGUUGUUGUGAUUGUUUUCACCAUUCAUACCAUGGUUGCUACUAUUAUUGAUGACAUUAAUGCGGAAGCAAUGAUGAUUCACAUUAAACCAUUUUAAAAGGAGAGAAAUGUACCGUUUUUCUCAAAA